AUGGAGUGGAUAGGAACUAUUUCCCAAAGUAACUACUUGAUUGUCUUGAGACUUCUAUGGAAGCUGUCCAGUAGUCUUUUACCUCACAACUUUGAGAAGAAUAUUGUGGGUAAUGCUAAGCCUAAGGAAAGGGGUAAUGAAAUUCCGUCAUCUCCUGAAAAACGGGAGAAAUUUAAAGAACAGAGGAAAGCAACAGGUAAUGCAAAGAAAGACAAGGAUGAAAAGACAUUAAAGACUGAGAAAAGAGUUAAACAACCUGAUAAAGAAGGAAAAUUGAUAGUCAUCUCAGAAAAAGGCAAGGUCUCAGAAAAGAAUAUACCUAAGAAUGGAAAAGAAGAUAAAGAGAAUAUAUCAGAGAAUGAUAUGGAAUAUUCAGUAGAUACACAAAUUGAGAAGAAGCCUGAGAAUGACAAUGUAAAGAGUCCACAGGAAAACGCAAAAGAAACUAAACGAAAACGUGGAAGACCGCCAAUAACGCCUCCAGCAGAGCCAAGUUCUCAAACGUUGCAGCCCAUAACUUUGGAGUUAAGACGUCGGAAAAUACCUAAAGGAGGUGAAGUUCCAUCAAAGCGUCCCAGAAUUGAAAAAAACUUGUCUCAGGAAAAAUUGAAGAACUCUUCAGAUAACCCUGAAAGAGACCAGAUCAGGAGACGAUCUUCAAGACUCUCGUCUAGUAUUAGCCAUGAGAUUUUAAGUACGGAUCAUGUCACAACUUCAGAAGAAAUUCAGCCUUUGAAAGAUGCAGUAUCUAACCAAAAGGAAUCCGAGAAGG